AUGAGAAUGAGGAGGUCGCUGGUGCACGGGGCCCUCUCGGUUACGGCCCUCACCGGCCUCGCCGUCGCGUCUGAGCCGUCAAGUUCGAGGAGAACACAGGUCGGGGCGCCAUAUUUGCGUUCUCAAGUGACGACUCAUCGUGGGAACUCGCCGGACGGUCAGACCUGGGGCAAGUUCCGACGGGCCAAUUCCAGGAGACAAGAUGCGACUCGCUUGGAGAAUCAGCAGACUGGCACCUCAUACACCAUCGACAUCGAGAUCGGCACGCCGCCCCAGCCUCUGACCCUUAUCCUCGAUACGGGCUCGUCGGAGCUGUGGGUGAAUCCAACGUGUGCGACAUCAGGACAGCCCGACUACUGCGAGUCAUUUUCACAGUUCGACUACACCUCUAGCUCGACAAUAAACGAUACGGGGUACUCAAAUAUGUUAGCGUAUGGAAAGGGUAAUGUCACGAUCGAGUAUGUGACGGAUGUGGUCAGCAUUGGAUCUGCUAGCAUCACAGACCAGAUAUUUGGCGUGGGCUUCGAAUCAUACGACAUACCCCUGGGAAUUCUCGGCCUUGCUCCGCCCACAGACUCGGAACCUCUGUACACAUAUGUGCUCGAUAAUAUGGUGGACCAGGGCCUGAUCGACAGUCGGGCCUUUAGCCUGGACCUCCGAGAUGUCGACAGCCCGGACGGCUCGGUCAUCUUCGGCGGCGUCGAUACUGGCAAGUUUGUCGGGGAGCUGCAGAAGUGCCCCAUAGUCGACCCUCUGGAAACCCCUAGCGGUGCAGACCGAUACUGGAUCUACCUCACUGGUCUUGGGAUGACGCUCCCGAGUGGUGAAUCCGGGCUGAUCGCCAGUGGGGAGCUGCCCGUCUUCCUGGACAGCGGCGGGACGAUGACUCGGCUGCCCACCCAAGUGUUCGAGGCCGUAGGCUCUGUCUUCCCCGGCUCGCAGUAUGACGCCGAGUCUGGAUACUUCAUUGUUGAUUGCGACGUUGGUGACAGCUCGGGAAGUGUGGAUUUUGUCUUUAGCGAGAAGAUCAUCAGCGUUGCGUUUGACGACUUUAUCUGGCGCGUGCCCAGCAUGGAUGAUACAUGCGUCCUCGGCGUCCUGGCUGACGAUGAUGAACCCGUCCUUGGAGACACGUUUCUGCGCGCAGCAUACGUCGUCUACGACCAAGACAACCGAAACCUGCACCUUGCCCAGGCCGCCAACUGCGGCACCAGCCUCGUCGCCAUCUCCUCCGGCUCGGACGCGGUGCCAUCCGUCACCGGCGACUGCACGGCCACCGUAGAGGCAGGUCCGCUGACUGGCUCGCUGACUGCGACAGAGGCACCGUCGACCAUCACGAAUGGCCCCGGCGGGCUGAGCUCGGCUAUUGCGCCGGGCCCUGGCGGCACCCAGACCGGUGAAAGGGUGGCGAGCAGUCUGUGCCUGACGUGCAAGAACACCGCCACGGCGGCAGCGAAUCCUUCCGGGACGACUAGGACUGCAAACGCCGGUGCCGUGGAGACUGGUAGCCCUCUGGCCGCGGUUGGUGCGAUGGCGAUGGCUGCUUUGCUGAUCUGA